AUUGUAUUAAGGCAAGAUGGCAGCUGUUGUUGAGAAUGUUGUCAAACUGCUGGGAGAGCAGUAUUACAGAGAUGCCAUGGAGCAGUGUCAUAAUUACAAUGCCAGGCUUUGUGCUGAGAGGAGUGUCCGAAUGCCGUUCCUCGAUUCUCAGACAGGUGUGGCUCAGAGCAAUUGCUACAUCUGGAUGGAAAAGAGGCACAGAGGACCAGGCAUGGCUCCAGGACAGCUCUAUACCUACCCAUCCCGGAGGUGGAGGAAGAAACGGAGAGCCCACCCACCAGAGGAUCCUCGACUCAUCUUCCCUCCUCUGAAGUCAGAGCUAGAUUUGGGGUUGAAGAAAGAUGCCAUGUUGUCGUCAGAUGGCAGCAGUCUAGAAGCCCUGUUGAAGGGGGAGUCCUUGGACAAGCGAGGUUCCACUGAGGUCCGGGGGUCUGAGGAAGAACCCAACCUGAGUGACUAUAGUGGAGGCCUGAAUCCUGCGUCCCGGAUCAGAAAGAGAAUUCUGGAGCCAGAUGACUUCCUGGAUGACUUGGACGAUGAAGACUAUGAGGAGGACACACCUAAAAGAAGGGGCAAAGGAAAGGGGAAGGGUCGAGGAGUGAGUGGCAACCGAAAGAAGCUGGAUUCAGCAGCACUGGAGGACCGGGACAAGCCGUAUGCCUGUGACAACACUAUCAAACAAAAGCAUAUUUCAAAACCUUCUGAAAGAGUCUGUGGAAAGCGCUACAAGAACCGUCCAGGUCUGAGCUAUCACUAUGCCCACUCCCACCUGGCAGAAGAGGAAGGGGAGGAGAAGGACGAGAUUGAGAUCAGCGAGCCUGCCCUGCCCCUACCCGAAGAACCUAAAACUCCAAAGAAAGGGCCAGACGGUCUUGCGUUGCCCAAUAAUUACUGUGACUUCUGCCUGGGAGACUCCAAAACCAACCAUAAGACUGGCCAAUCAGAGGAGCUGGUGUCUUGCUCUGACUGUGGACGCUCAGGCCAUCCAUCCUGCCUGCAGUUCACGCCUGUGAUGAUGGCUGCCGUGAAGACCUAUCGCUGGCAGUGCAUAGAGUGCAAGUGCUGCAACAUGUGUGGCACCUCAGAGAACGACGACCAACUUCUGUUUUGUGAUGACUGUGAUAGAGGCUAUCACAUGUACUGUCUCAGCCCACCCAUGUCUGAACCGCCGGAGGGGAGCUGGAGCUGCCAUCUAUGUUUGGACCUUUUGAAAGAGAAGGCAUCCAUAUACCAGAACCAGAAUGCACCCCCGUCGUGAUGGCUGCCCACCUGCACUUUUUUUCACCACCGUCCCGCCGCAGUGUGGUUGUCCUUUGAAAAAAAAACGAUACCUCCCCUCUCACCAGUAGACUCAGGAGGGAUGCAUUGCAGAAGCGAUAAUAAAUUGUGAAAAGGGAAGUAUACCUUACCAAGCAGGCCUCUUUUUGCUUCAGAUAUGACUGUUACACAGUUCAAAGCUCAGAUUAAGACCCAGAGAUGUUUAUCGUACUGUUUGCCAUACAGCCAUCUCAAUCAGUACUAAAGUAGACCCAUACUCACAGCAUAAAUAGCCAAACUAUCGUUACAUCUUUCUUUUUUUUACACACGCGACUGCUAAAAUCCUGCCUCUUUCCUGCAGUGUACUGAUUUUGCGACUAGAGCAGAAAUAAAGCUUGUUGGAAUCAAGUAGCAUGCCAAUGCUUGCUCAUGGUAAAAGUAACAUUUUUUUUUAAAAUAUUUAUAUAUUUGUAUAGCAGAUAAUGAUGUGAACUAUGUAGGAGUUGAAAAGAGAAUAGUCAUGUUAUGGUCUUCAUUAUUAGUGCCCAUCUUUAUUAUGGAAGAAAUAUUCCACCACCAUAUUCUCUACUGUAGCAGCGCUACUAUACAUAAACGUGAUUAGUUUAAAAGAACUACGAGAUCGCCUAAAACUACCUGAAUGUUACUCUGCCUCGGCACAGUCACAGGCAACAGCCAGGUGUUAAACAGGAAAUGGUAAUAAUAAACUUAAUCAGAGUUGGCUCCAAUUAACUGAAGGUAUUUCGGGACACCAGGGGUCUCAUUUAUAACCGUUGUGUACGCACAAAACGGAGUCUGAAAGAGGCGUACGCCACUUCCCACGCAAAAUUUGUGAUCUAUAAAAACAAACUUGGUGGGAGAAUGUGUGCAUCUGUACAUAAAUGCAGAUGGUGAGGUGGUGAAUUGAAGCCAGAUUGUGUAAUGAUGCCUCUCACACAUUUAAGUCCGAUUGUUUUUUUGUUUUGUUUUUUUUGUUUUUUUGCUGCACUUCAUUUUCGGCUUUUGUGCACACGUACACUUUUAGUAAGGCUCUUACGCACUGUUUUAUACAUGAGACCCCAGGUUAGCUAGGUAGCUACGACACUCUUACAGACUGGCAAAGGAACAUUAGCGUGUUCAGUACUGGCUAAGUCAGUACGGCACAGAGCUGUCCUAAGCUUAUGAUCAGAGAUCAGUGCACAUGAAUGUGCAUUUAUAAAGUCCUCUGACAUCUGCAGCCUGGCCGUUCUUUGCGCUAGUCCCAUUGAGCCCCAUUGAAUUGCAGAGUGAAAGAGAAAACUUGAUGCUGAUCCUGAAAUGAAAAGCAGUGCUAAAAUCUGCACACCUGGCCCUGCUUUGAGACAAUGGAGAAAGAUGAUUCUGAUUGUUAUACUUAGUUUUACAACCCAACCAGUCAGGUCAAUGAGACGUAUCCUCGUUUAAAAAUGCAAAACUCUCAGCAGUUCUGGAAGAUAACUUCACACUGCUGACACCAACACACACACAACACAGACACACUGCAUUCUGUCACUGUGUUGUAUUAGUUUGCUGAGCGUGCUCAGUUUGACCAUAUCUAAAGCCUAAUUUUUGUGUAUCUGAGGACUAUUGUGAGCUUUCAGUUGUACACUGGAUGACAGUGUAAAAGCAAUAUAAGAGAUGGGGUUAUAUGACAGGGACUGGUGUGGCAGUUUGUUGUUGCUAUUUUGCCAGAAAUGUGCUAUAGACUUUUUUUUUUAUUGAGGAAAAUGCUAUCAGAGAUUGAGGCCUACGAAGGUAUAUAUGGAUUAUUGAUUCUUGAUAUGUAGAGUGUCUAUUGUGUCAACAUGUAUGAUGUUAUGGGGAGGCACCUCUCCUUGUACCUGCUUUCAUAGUUUCAUUCUGGAAAGAUUUUCCUCUGUGGCAGGGCUUCAUGAAAAUGGCUGGUUGAACUGCAAAGCAGUUAUGUUACCUCAAACAAAAACAGUAUUUAAAAGGGUUGAUCCAGCUUGUAGACAGAAGGGGCGGAAGGGCAGAACAGUCAUGACAGACGUAGCGUCUGCUUUAAUAACAGUAUAGUCAACAAUCGGAGCAAUGGUCUGCAGUCUCACGUGCGAAACAGUUUCGCCAGCGUUAGCUUGGCCAAGUCGUUAGGAAGUUUGGUAGUAUAAAUUAGCCGUGCUAUUAUGAUAUUUCAAUAGCCAACUAACAGAAUGGAAGCAUUACUCAAGUAUUACUUCAUUUUCUCAUCACAUUUAAAAUGUACUGUUAUUUAGAUUCCGUGGCUGUUCAGAUAUUUUUACUGUUUUUGGUUGUUUUUGUAUUCACCAAUAUAAUGACUUAGCCGACGUGGAACAUUUGGAGACUUUAAAGGAAAACGCUUUCUGCUCAAUGCUUCCUGUGGUCCUGCAUAGUUUAGCUGAUACUCGUGAAAGUAAACAAGUCUCUUCCACAUCUAGAAACCAGAGUUGGAACUUUGUUGAUGAUAGCAAUAUAAUGUCAUCAUCAUCAGAUGUGGAGCAGCUGAAUCGACUAUAAAUCGGAGAUUUUUGUUUUCUUCAAACAUACUCGCUUCAUUUCUUGUUAAUGGCAGCGUUACAGUGACAUGAAGCUCAUUUGAAAUGACAAGCUCAACCAGCGACUCAAUGAGCCGGCAAAGCCUGUAUCCCAACUCAUUGUAUGUGACCCCCCCAUUCCACACUUUUCUUCUUUCCUAAAGACGGCAUAGCUGGAUGAAGUAGUCGGCACAUCUUCAGACAGCCUUUUUAGUUGAGACGCAGUGCAGCAGUAAACCAUAAAACAAGAAUGAGGUUGAUUCCACACAACUGGAAGGUCCUCACUGAAGUCCAUUUAUUAGCACAGAGUCAGACGCAUAACUGCACCCAUGAGCAUUAAAGUGUUUAGAGAUCGGGCCAUUUUUUUUUCUUUUUGGGACGUCUGCUUGUGAUUUAAUCUCCGGGCCCGAAGGUUUAUAGGGAAUUGUUUGUGUCAGCAAAUUUCGACAAACCCAAGAUAAUAGGGUGACAUAGUAGGUGAACUCUCUUCGGGUGGACUUCCACUUUAAUUUGGAUUGCGAUGGAAUGUUUUCCUUAUUGUAUGAAAUUGUCUUUUUCCCAGGAAAAUAAAAUACU